AUGUUGCCGAGCACACGAAGCGCUACCAGUUCCGAGACGCACGUCGCCGGAUGCCAGUCAGCUGUCAGACUCGAUCCCUAUGGUCAGCCGCCAUGUCGCUCAUACUUUGUCAAGUCCGCGGACGAGGAGAACACGCUCGAGCAAGCGUCGUCGCCGCUGCAGGCAACCUCCCCGCUCCAUCAUCUCCGCAGUGGCAUCGCAGAUGGCUAUCGCGUUGGCUAUCCCGACACGAGCGCCGUCCAGGCCAGCGAUCCACCCACUCCCAUGUCUCCUUGUCUCUGCUACUCUCUCGAUCACGCACGUGUCCAGUUACAGUAA